AGGGACAUUGUUUGUAAGCGCUUGGUCCUGGCGGCGUUGACGAGAUUGUUUUAUUAUACGAAUAAAUCCCAAUCCCACACGCAUAUCUACUUUAAACCGUCAUUCUUGUCUCUCUUCACUAUAUCAUGCGGAAACCUCGCUCUAUAUAAACUCUGUUUACUUUAUCGAGAGCCUCAGCGACCCCGCUAUCUACGACGCCAUGCUCUCUGACAAUCCAUCUUCGUAUCCUUCCUUAACGUCAAAUUGGACGCCCAUGAGCUCGUGUGUGACAAGCACGGGGUUUUGGUUUGUCGUGUAUGAAUCCCAUGCCCUUUUUAGUAACAUGUUCGGAAUGCCGUCUGUAACGAACAACGGUCAAGGAAGGACUCCGAUAGGUGGCUGUGUGCCGCCGUCAUAUACUCUUAGUGUGCCAUAUAUAACCGAUGGCGGUUGCCCUACAAACUAUUUCAGAGCAUGCUCAACUGGAACAUCGUAUGCCGGCCAGUCGGCCGAUUAUAUCUGGUGUUGUCCAUCUGUGCAAGGAUGGAAUUUUAAUUGCGCCCCUGCAACAGAUACUGGGGCGGCUCCGUAUGGAUGCCAGGCCACUUUUGCCUCUGGCGAUACCAUAAUGGGAUCACGAACCGACCUGGUAGAACAUACAGGACAAGCAGAAACACAUACAGUACGUGACGAUCGUGGCGUAAAUGCAUGGGGUAUUGCUAUAUUAUCAACAUCACCACCAUCUACUUUGACUAUUCCAGCUAUGACCACGACUUCCUCGCCGGGAUUAACAAUAAGCGCGACCGUAGGCACCAACACCAACACAGACCCAGAUUCGCCUCAUACUUCACCUUCACAAGGGCUUAGCCCAGGGGCUGCGGCCGGCGUUGGUACAGGCGUAGGCGUUGCUGCUUUGGCCAUCCUCGGGGUUCUCAUCUUCUGGCUCUUGCGCCGCAAAUACAAGGCCAAACAAGAACACCAAAGACAGGAGCAGCAGCAACAACAACCCUUGCCUCAGAGCUACCAGAAUAGCUUUUAUGAUGGUAGUUCAUUCGGCCAGCAAGGGCCGAAUUUCUAUGCCCUGACUCUUACGAAACACAAUUCAAUCGCACCCAGCACUGAAAUGCCGGCGCUAGGCGUACCAUUUGAGCUUAGCCCUCAUAGCCGUCACGGUAACCCUCAAGAGAUGCAAGGAUGAUCUCCAAGAGAGGAGAGAAGGUCUUUACAAUAAAGCUCGAGGGCGGAGGUGGGUGGACUUUAGUGUGGCAAAAGGACCUUUAUUAUGUAUAUGUAUUUGUUGACGGUAGACUAAGGUACGUAUGUAUAUUUAGUUUAAUAUUGUAUUACUAUGUUACUAGCAUUUCAGUGUGGCGCCUUGUGAUACUUUCUGAAGAGUGGUCUUCAGGCAAAAGUUUAUAUCAGACACGCAAAGGCACUAAGUGAAACUUCAACAAGUCUCUCUGACUAGCCGCCAAACAAUGGCAUACAGAUAGAUCGAAAUGGGUGAGCGUACUGCCUAGGCAAUCUAGGCCUUAAAGAGAUGGACAGUCCCUAUACUUCAAUACGCAUUUAGAUGGCUUUUAUCAUUGGUGAACAAGGUGAUCGAGAAAUAAACCCAUCAAAUUAUGUUACACGUGCAACCUCUGUGCUAGCUGAAUAUGUAGUUCGCCUUGCGCUUCGGCCGUACGAAGG